CAUAGACCAUGAAAGAAAACUGUGUAAGGACAAAUAUUGACGUCAUUCUUUGCCAGCAAAUCAUGAACACCGUACGUUUAUUGAAUGUGUCGUAAACAUUCCAUAGCGAUCAUAACCAAAGAUUAUCUAUUAUAUUUACAAGAUAGCCCAGUGACCGCUUUAACAAUGGAAAUGGAAAUACAUGGGAUGGCGAGUGAGGUCAGGUGGGGGAAAAAGGGCUUAUCUCACGCGGACAGAUUUUGGGUGGAGUAAAUCCUCUCGCUUCGCCUCUUCCUCUCGGUCAUAACGCUGGAUGAUAGGAGAGAAGUGCUCCUGACCGUAGACUAACAUAAAUGAGAUAUUUCGAUGAAAAUGUUUCUUAGUAUAACAGACGGUCUGCGGUUGAUUAGCGUCAAUUCGUAGUCACGAAAACUCCGACGAAAGCCCUCAUCUGUCAACAUCACCACCGGGAAAUUCCAACAUCACUUUCAUCUGCCUGGCUGGAAGUGUAGGAGUUGGUGGUCUCAAAUAGGAUCAAAUUGAACUGUCCGUAUCAGACAGAACCCUGGUAUGGUACUAAUACCCAUUUGGAUGCUGUGCAUAGGAUAUGCUUUAUACUUAGCUACCAUUCACUAACGUUAGUCUGUUCAUCACUGAAUUUUGGGCUAACUAGUUAGCAUUAGCCUAGCUAGCGCGUUAGCCUAGCCAGCUAAGCGGUCACUGGAAAUGUAAUCGGGUCACACACACAGCUGUUAGUUACCUUGAUUGAUAGCCAGAUAUGAUGGAUUAUAUCAAAGUCGAAUUGUUCUCUUCAGGGAGUGUAUAUUUUGGGGACAUUAUUUGCAUACACUGGAUACGCUUGGUGGCAAUGUUGUUGAUUCAAUGACGACAUGCUCCACUCUAACUUACCGGUACUGGAACAUGUUUGUAGCUAACGUUACUGGCAACGCGCUAGUCGAUGUUAUUGUUAGCAAGUUAGGUAGCUAGCUAACAUUAGCUAGAUCAUUAGCAAGUUGCUGCCUAUGUAGAUAGCUAGGUAACUAGCAAGAUAGCGGUGGCAAGCACUAACCAGCUCCUCUGCUCUGGACGCCCAAAACUGGGGAGAGAUCAAAAGUAGCCACAGCAUAGUUUUUCGUAAAUCAUGAAAAAUUGCGAAUACCAGCAAAUCGACCCGCAGGCACUUUCAACGCCAACCCCGACACUGCCGCCGCAACCCGUUGUUGUUGAGGAAGAGAAGAAGGGGGAAACUGCACGGAGAAAAUGGGAAGUUUUCCCCGGCAAGAAUCGCUUCUACUGCGAUGGACGGAUCAUCGUGGCUCAGCAAAGCGGUGUCUUACCACUCACCCUCAGCCUUAUUCUGGUCACCACUGUACUGUUCUUUGUAUUCGACUGUCCCUUCCUGUUGAAGCACCUGACCGUGUUCAUCCCAGCGAUUGGAGGAGUGCUGUUUGUGUUUGUGGUCAUCUCCCUCCUGCAGACCAGCUUCACUGACCCUGGCAUCCUGCCCCGGGCCACACCGGACGAGGCCGCAGACAUUGAGAAGCAGAUCGAUAACUCUGGCUCUUCCACCUACCGACCCCCUCCCCGCACCAAGGAGGUGAUGAUCAACCAGCAGGUAGUGAAGCUCAAAUACUGUUUCACCUGCAAGAUGUUCCGGCCACCGCGCACCUCCCACUGCUCCCUCUGUGACAACUGUGUGGAGCGAUUCGACCACCAUUGUCCCUGGUUGGGGAAUUGUGUUGGGAAGAGGAACUAUCGUUUCUUCUACACCUUCAUCGUCUCUCUAUCCUUCCUGACAGUCUUCAUCUUUGGCUGCGUCGCCACACAUCUAGCACUGAGGGCACAAGGAGGGAGAGGCCUGAUGUUUGCUCUUCAGGAGAGUCCAGCCAGUGCUGUGGAGCUGGUGAUUUGCUUAUUUUCAGUUUGGUCCAUCUUGGGCCUCUCAGGCUUCCAUACCUACCUGGUUGCUUCUAACCUGACCACAAAUGAAGAUAUCAAAGGCUCGUGGUCGGGGAAGAGUGGGGCGGAGGACACUGGUAACCCCUACAGCUAUAACAACAUCGUUACUAACUGCUGCUCAGUUCUCUGUGGACCCAUGCCUCCCAGUUUGAUUGACAGGCGAGGCUUCGUGCCGGUGGAGGAGUCUUCCCAGACAGUUGCCAUGGAGAUAGAGCUGCCCACGCUGGCUGCUAAGAAUGAGAUAAACGUGUGCACACAGGGAACUAAAGACCUGUUGGAGUCGGCAUCUCGCUCUCCGUGCCCCCAGACAGGGAAACCCCAGACAGUCUCUUCCUGUCCAGACAGCAUCGGCCCAGCUGACUCGGCGGUGACCUUUAACCCUGCUGUGACCUCCGACCCUGACCCUGUUGCGGUGCCCUCUCUGAAAUGCGGAGGCCGUCACCACAGCCACACCACCAGCCCUCCGGUCGAACCCCGCCAGCAGCACCACCACCAUAACCGGCAACACAAGACACGGUCGACGCGGAGCAGCAGCAAGCGGGCCGCUCUCCACAUUUCCAACCCGGCUUACAACGUCAGCCUCAGCCCCCCCACCUCUCCAGGCCUGGGGCCUAGUCAUGGUACAGGGGCAGAGGACCACAGAAGAAGGGACAGUUUUGCCGCACUGCACUGACUCAAACCAACUCUAACUCCCUCUUGAGUGAAUGAACCUGCGCCUUGCUGCCUUCCACAGAUCUUCGCUCUGCAUGAUGUACAACCGUCAGUUUAGUCCCGUUUGCCAGACUCAUGGAGCACGGCUAUAGGAAGAGACUGCAGUCAGUCACACUUUGGAUGCAGUCAGGUGGUAGCUGGUCCAUCUUUUAUAAUCCAUGUAAGUCCACAAGUCCUCUGAGAGAGGUGGGACAUGGCUCGCCGUGGAAUGUUAGACAGAAGCAUCACCAAGACACUCUUUACAUCCUGGGCCUAUGUGGUGAAUGGGCAGAAGGAUGUGUUACUAGGAUCUAUUACUGAGGAUAGCUAUGGAGUUGUGACCGUCUGGGGAUGUCACUGCACGGUGGCUACUUUCACUAGCUAGGCCUAACUCACAUCUGCUACUGCUGUAUAGCCUGCUUGGGCCUUUACUAGGCUGCAAAUUAAUGGAGAGCCAUUCCAGAGAUACAUUACAGCUUCCUAUCAGAAGAGGGCGCUACCUGCUAUGUGAGAUGCAGUGAGAGGGGUAAAUGUGGUGUGAACCGUUUAUAUAGGACACAUACACAAACCUCCUAAUGCUCCUAAUGUAAUUGAACUGAAUAGCCCCAUUCUUUACAGCGAAAAGCACAACGAAAGAGCUGAUGUUUUGUGGGGCAAACUUGCAUAGCUGCUCAGUGAGCCAUACAUUCUACUUCUUUUGACAUACUCAAGCAGAAAAGACCUAGCCAUUACUACAGAGCCUCAUACAGACUCUGUUAUUAUGCCUAGCAUCCAAACUGAUGUCGCUAUGUUUCACAAUGAUGAGUGCAGCGUUUUGUCUGGUUUAAGGCUUGGCAAACCUUGGAUACCUACCUACUCAUUUGGGAUGGCUCAGAUUAUUAGAGUAGCUGGCUUGAGACCCAAAAACCUGGCGGUGUGAGUGCCAAACAAGUCGAAUCCUUUUUUAUGUAAAAGCAGAACCGGACGGAUGAGCUUGAGUUAGUAUGUGAUAGGCUAGCAUUAGUACAUAGAGCUUUCUAUAUAUCAAUGUCUUGGAACUUGAAGAGACCCCUACAUCGAUAAGAGUAGCUCUCGUACUUAGCCCUAGACCCAAGGACAAUAGUAAGAGUGACUAGUAAUCACAACACGGACAUGACUGAACUGCACUGGCAGACGAGGACAUCUUGAAAAUCCUAACUGCUGUAUUAUGGUUCAAAACCAACCAUUCAUUCAACAGUAACGACUCAAGACACUACUACAGCAUACCUGAGAAAUGCUUCACGCCACACAGGAAUGUUUUAUUUUCUUACUAAAGCAGUGUUUCUCAUUCAUGUACACCUCUAUAAUACUUCUAUAUACUUGAGACAUGUUAGCAGUAUCGUGCGUUGCAUGUGGUUGCCUCAUGCCAUGUCCAAAGAGUCCUUCCUCCUUGUGUUGCCACUAUUAGUCCAGACAGGAUCACCAGCACUUACUAUUCCUUAAUCCACAUACGAGAUUAGAUGUGUGAAUCUGAUCCCUUCCUUGAUUUUGAGCAGUGAUACUAGACCAACUGAGUCUCUUGUUCAUUUGAACCUUUUUGUUCUUUGUGCGGUUUGACAAAUCUAAUAUGGUACUGUGUGAUGUGAGAAGGCACACUGAACCAAGGCAUCUGAAUGGGAAGAAUUCAGACAGAAUUCAGAUUGAGACCUGUCUGUGUGCUAGAGGCUUAGUUAUUUGAUAUGCAACUUAAACAUGAAAGUUCAUGUUGAUCCGCUUUGUUACAUCUAUCCCUGCAAUACUUGCACAGAAAACGCAAUGAACUGACACUGAGCAUGAAACGUGACCACUGAGUAGUAGGUACACACAAUGAUCACUUAACACAAAUACAAUUAUAUUCCUAUGGUCCACUUGGACCUACAGUAUUCAUAUUCACUAGAGUAGAGAAGUGAAGUCACUGCACAUUUUGUAUUUUAAAAAGUGUUUCCCUUCAUCACAACUUAGACAUAAUGUAGAUCAGUGGUCAUCCACAAUGCAUUGUGGAGGUUGGUUUCAAUUUGUAUACUAAAGGGCUUUUUCUGUUAUUUCAGCCAAUAUUCCUCAAAAUGAAAAGCACUGACUUGAUAAUGGUUUAUUGUAUGUCAAUCAUGGAUCCAGAAUGAUUGGUCUGUUGAGCUCUGUGCUUAUUUAUGUUCAACAUUAUUGAUUCUUUAUGGAAAACCGUAAAAACAUUUGUAGUAUGAAAAUGUAUGCACUCACUAACUGUAAGUCGCUCUGGAUAAGAGCGUCUGCUAAAUGACUAAAAUGUAAAUGUAAAUGUGUGUUUAUAACCUGAGUGAUAUGCUUGUCUUCCCCCAUACAGUAACUGUAAUUGAUGCACUCUGUUCACAUUUUACACACCAAGGCCACCAGAUGGCGACAGUUACAACCAAAUGGAGAUUUACACGCCAUGUUUACACACUUUCAAAAGAGCUCUCUUCCCAGAAAUAAUACAAUGUUUCCUCAGUCAAGUAGUCACGUAAACAUAGUAUUGUCUGAGAGCAUUUGUUUAUCUUUUGUUUGUUUUUAUUUACUGGCGAAAUGGCCCAAACACGUGGACGAGUCCCCCUUAAAAUUUUGAUAGGAUAACAGUAUUUUGUCAUUAUUAAGCAAUUCACACAGAUGGCCAAGGCUUAUACUGUCCAUUUAGAAAUAAAUAAAUCUAAUGUAGGCCAACUGAAUCGUGGGGAAUGUUGCACAAUAAAAGAUGUACUCGAUGAUAUUUCUUCUUCCUUCAGCAACAGGCCCCUGCAUGCCCCUUAAUUGUAGUUUGCCUGUGCUGUUUGAAUGAUGUUGAGGGUUACACAGGGCAUGUGCUGUGUGUAUGAUUGGAGCCUAUCCUUACCUCUCCCUCUGUAUGUACAGUAUGUAUGCCUUGGCAUAUCAGGUAGUGUCGAGUUAGUAGCCUGAAACCAUAGUAGUCUGUUUAAGAAGAACAAUAAAUACGUUUAUGGAGAGACAGCAGCUAGAAUCAGAUAUAAUAUAUACCACUUAGUAGACACUUUCAUCCUAAGCGUCUUACAGUACAGGGAGUGCAUACAUUUGUAUGUAUAUGUGAUUAUUGAGGGAAAUGAACCCAAACCCUAGCACCAGGAUGGCUUAUUUACUUCCCCAGUCCAUCUAUUACUGUACCAUGACAUAAAGAGAGAGUUGUCAGGGAUGUAAGCAGGGAGAUCCCCACAUCAGCUGAUGAUGAGAGGGUCUUUAUCUUAGUGUUAGGCUUUUCAUCACUAUUUACUAUAAAAUAUCUAUCUGGCAUGGGGUCAUGCCUCUGUUUGAUAUGAUACGAUCAAUUAUUUGAUCUAAUAGGUCUGAUUUUCCAUCAGGAUAUGCAUAAAGGGACAACUUUGCUGACCAACCCUAAUAACAGGUUACAGUGUCUGUAAUGAUGAUGAUGACCUGUAUCCUAUUUCAGUGAUGAUGUGGCCACGUCAAUUGGUUUUGUAGAGAGUGAUUGCACACAAUCACAGGGAUUCCUUUUCCACUGGUCCAUGCUACAAAUACUGAGUACCAUUCAGUGCUGCUGCCCUAUUUCAAGCAUAGCAGUAAAUAAGUGCCUCUUCACUGGAGGAUCCUGAUUGGUGAUUAUUGGCAAAACACUCUAAUUAUCCACUCCUGAUCUCUCUCUCUCACACACACACACACACCUAAUAACAUGAGUAUUGUAGCGACCCUCUAGCUCUAUCAUGUGGGGGGCUCAUGGGGGGAGGAGUUGCCCCUAGUUCAGAUAGCUGAUAGGCCACUAGUUUUGGUGGUUGGGGGGGUCAGAGCUAGACAGACCGAGACUGCAUGGAUCACAAUAACAUCUCUGAGUUCUACCAAGUUCUACAGUGAGCCAGAUAAGUGUAUUGUUUUGGGCAACCCUUCUAACCCUCUGUUAGCCUGUAUUUC